AUGGACUGGUUCUCCUGGCUAUCCAAGAGCGGCCUGGAACCCUCCCUAAUCUACGAAUAUGGCGUCGCUUUUGCUCGCAAUGAGCUCCAACUAGAGGAUGUAAAUUACUUCAACCAUGAGUUUCUUCAGAGCAUGGGCAUUUCAGUGGCCAAACACAGGCUGGAGAUUCUCAAGCUUGCUAGGAAGGAGAAUAGAGUAGGCCCAGGAGCGCUUUCCGGGCUCAUUCUGGCAAUCAACAAAACCAAGAAGUGCUUGAACAAGUGUAUAAACAAGUUGGUUUUCCGGGACGACGUGUCGUUCAAGGCGGGGCCGGAGAUGAUGCAGUAUCGAGAGCAUUGGAGAGGAGGGUUGUUAAGGAGGCACAAGAAUGAGGAUGUCAAGGAAGAUGAUUAUAAGCCAGCACUAAAAAAGAGGAGCAUAACGCUAUCAGGACCUCUGGAUGGAAGGGUGCAAGAGAAGGUUAUGGUCAAUACCAGAAGCUUGAAAUUAUCAGGGCCUUUGGAUGGGAGGCAGCAAGAGAGAAUCAUGUACACAGCUAGGAGCCCGAGAUUAUCAGGGCCUUUGGACAGAAGGGUGCAAGAGAAAAUGGUGUAUACUGCUAAGAGCCCAAGAUUACCAGGGCCUAUAGAUGGAUGGGUCCCAGAGAGAUCAAUAAUUACAACUAAAAGUCCAAUGCUAUCUGGGAAUGUAAUGGAUGGAAGAUUAAUGCAGGAGAGGCUGAUGGUGAGGAGUCCUGGUCCUCUGGAUGGAAAGGUUUCAAGUCCAAUGGUUUCCAGCCAAUAUAACCAAGAAAAGGUGGAUGUUGAUUAUGAUGAUCAUUCACUGUGGGCUACAUUGUUUCAUGAUAUGAAACCCACUUGA